AUGUCGUCGACGUCCACUGUUCUUCAAGUUGUUGGGCCUCUGGAUUGGGCGGAUUCGACUCUCAAAGCAUCGUACAAGGACUCAGCUGCGUAUGGGUAUAAAGGGUGGAACGACACCGAUACCUAUUUCGACAGUGGUCUACCUACCCCUCCCACCUCAAAAGCCAUGUCUGGGGUGAUGCUAGGUAACAGCUAUGCCGGCUACCCUCUCCCAGCUUACCAGCAAGAGCACACCAGUCUACCAGACUCCACCCAUACUGCUCAGCAGCAUCGGAGCUCCUUUACGACAUCCUCUUUGCCCAACCCGUACGCACUGGUCCCUCCCACAAACGGAACAGGUCUCUACAACCGUCGGGUGAAAGAUGAGAAAGAAGUGAAUGCAAUUGCACCACACCUACAGAUACCAGAGUCCGUGAACAAGAGCAAGGGAAGCCUCGCGGAGUUUGCGGCAGAAAUUACAUGCUUAUUCUGGUUCGAAACCUCCAGCACACUGCAAUACGCAGAAAGUUUGCCCGAGGAGGCUUCGGUGGAUAGAGGCCUGCUGCCGGACGCCAUACCCUCGAUCGGAUUUCGGAAAUGGGUGACAACAAUCGUAAGCACCACACAAGUUGGCAGAAACGUCAUAUUACUGGCAUUGAUGUUCAUUUACCGGCUCAAACGUUUCAAUCCGUCUGUUAGUGGGAAGCGUGGGAGCGAAUUCCGCCUCCUGACCAUCGCUCUGAUGUUGGGCAACAAAUUUCUGGACGACAAUACCUACACAAACAAGACCUGGGCAGAGGUUUCGGGCAUAUCUGUGACUGAAAUCCAUAUUAUGGAAGUGGAAUUUCUCAGCAACAUGAGGUACGAUCUUUACGCCUCGGCCGAGGAGUGGAGCCUGUGGAAAGCCAAAUUGGGAAGGUUGGGCGCAUUCUACCUGAAGGCCUCGCAGCUUCCUGUGGUGGACGAGACCAGAGCAAUCGGGCCGACCCCAGUCACUCCUACUGGCCAAAGUUUCUCUCACAAGCUCCCUUCACCUCCUUCUACGCAUCACAGCGUUAGUCCUUAUGGUGUUUCGAGUCAUUUGAGCAGUCACUAUCCUGUACUGCCACACCCAUCAUCGUCAGCACUACCACUUCCAAACUCACCACUGCGACAGCAGGUUGAUCUCAGGGGAUAUCGGCAAGAUCGGAAACGAAGUGCAGACUAUUCUGCGGAGCUUCCUCCCGCUAAGCGGCAACUCUUCGCUAGCCAGCAGUCCGGGCAAAGUAGUAGCCUGGCAAGUUCCCAUCCCCACCCUCAAACUGGCCUCAGGGUGUCACCUACUCGGUCCUCUGGCAUACCAGAUUCAGGUUUAUUUUCCACGUCUCAGGAUAUUCCAAGAUUGGACAUCCCGAGGUUGCCGACUUCAAUGCCACCUUCGGUCCCUCCAUUACCUCUGAUAUCAGCACAACCCAACCGCGCAAUGUCAGGGGUGUAUCCGACCACAAGCAAUGGCUAUUCGCAUCCUGUGACCCCCAUAUCUGCAGUACCUCAGAAUCUCCUCCAGAAUACCAUUCCAAGCUUGGGUGACGGCCACCGAUCGCUAUCAAAUUACCCCUCGGCACAUACUUCACCUACCGGAUACAAUACCACUACUCCCACUCUCCCGGGUUUGUCACCAUCAUACUUCCUGACUCACCGCACUUCUCCAUAUCGACCAGUUCGCCAUGUCAACACACUUCUAAUUCCUCCCCCUGCUGCGGCAUUGCAGGUACCCGUCAGAAACAUCCCAUCAGACCAGAUCCAUUAUCAGCCUCUGAGCAAGACCGGCACAGAGCGCAGAACUGGGCUCCUCCCAUUCUUGCAACUAGACGGCUGGCACAACAGCAAUGUUUCGACUCCAGUUGCUCAACAACAGUAUCAAUUCUAG